UUCUCCGUCUCUCUCUCCAUCUCUUUCUCUCUCUCUCGCUUUUCACACAGACACUCUCUCUCACUCUUCCUUUCCGGUCGUUGUCAUCAUCAUCAGCAGCAUCAACUUGGGCUUCCCCACCACAUCACCAUUUUUCCAACUACAGUCAAAUUUAUUGCCCUAAAACACCGGACAGCGGACUAAUCUAAUCAGUACUAAUCGGGAGGAUAGAGGCUGGGGGUGAGGACUCGAGGAAUCAUCAAUCUUUGCUGCCGAGGGCGCUGAAUUGAAGCGAGUUCGGGAUAGGCAAUCGGAUUUCUGCCAGUAAUUGGUGAGUGAUUGCUGUUGCGAUGGGGCUAAUACUUGAUGCAUUUACUGGCAGGAGAUGGUCGGGAUAACUUUACGAGGCUACUGAUGCAUUUAAUGAUAUAGGAAGGUCAUUGGGGAUGAUCUGUGGAGCAAUCCUAACUUGAUGAUUCUCCAUUGGCUCCAUUGAUCCUGAAGAAUAGGGAUAAUCUUGACUAUCUGUGAUGGUCUUGACUCAUUUAUGUAUUAGUCGAUACCUUUAACUCGGUGGCCAUGCGUCAGCUGAAAAGCCAGUAUCUAAUCUGCUGGUGUAUUUUUUGUGGUUAUCCAUUGGUGUAUGCAUUGUCUCAUGGUUUGGGAUGGACUGAAGAGCAUGCGCCAAAUUUAAAGGUACUGGAUGAUCAUCUAAGGGUUGGAACUGAAUCUAGCUUUUUAAGCCUCGAAGAUGAUUUUGUUACAUGUGAGGACUUGAAGGGUGUCGGAUCAUUUGAUACGACCUGUUUGCUAAAUUCAAACCUGCACAGGGAUACUGAUAUAUAUGUUGUUGGUGCUGGAAACCUAGAGAUACUUCCUAAUGUAGAGAUUGCUUGUCCGGUAGCAGGCUGUACAAUAAGUUUCAAUUUAUCUGGCAAUGUUAAAGUUGGACAUAAUGCAUCUGUUGUGGCUGGAACUGUUGUUUUCUCUGCAUUCAGUCUGACUAUGGGACCAAACUCUACCCUGAAUACUACAUCAUUGGCUGGAUCACCGCCUCCUCAGACUAGUGGAACGCCUGUUGGGUUUGAGGGAUCUGGUGGGGGGCAUGGUGGACGAGGGGCAUCUUGCUUAAAGAAAAAUCACACAAGCUAUUGGGGUGGUGAUGUUUAUGCAUGGACUACCUUGUCUAAUCCCCAGGCUUAUGGUAGUAGUGGCGGUGGCACGUCUGAGGAGCACAAACUUGGGGGUAGUGGUGGUGGAAUAGUUUUACUUUCUGUCAAUGACAUUCUCUAUAUAAAUGGAUCUGUAUCUGCUGAUGGUGGAGAUGGUGGAACAUUAGGUGGCGGGGGAUCUGGUGGAAGUAUCGUAGUACAAGCUCAAAAAUUGAGGGGCUUCGGUGUCAUAAGUGCUGCUGGUGGCAAAGGAUGGGGUGGAGGUGGGGGUGGAAGAAUAUCACUGAAUUGUUACAGCAAGCAAGGAGAUAUAAAAGUCACAGUGCAUGGUGGCUUCAGUUUGGGAUGUUCGUGGAAUGCUGGAGCUGCUGGUACUUACUUUGAUGCAUAUGUACUAAGUUUACGUGUUGGCAAUGACAAUUUGACGACGGAAACAGAAACUCCAUUGCUUGAUUUUUCUAUUAGCCGUCCAUGGACAAAUGUUUAUGUGGAGAAUAACGCAAAAGUUUUGGUGCCUCUCCUAUGGACUAGAGUUCAGGUCAGAGGCCAGAUAAGCUUGUCUUUUAGAAGCAGCAUUAUUUUUGGAUUGUCUGAUUUUCCAGUCUCAGAAUUUGAACUUGUUGCUGAGGAACUUCUGAUGAGUGAUUCUGUUAUUAAGGUUUAUGGAGCUUUUAGAGUAUCUGUCAAGAUGUUACUCAUGUUGAAUUCCAAAAUUGAAGUUGACGGUGGAGGAAAUGCUGAUGUGGAUACUUCCAUCUUUGAAAUUAGGAAUCUUGUUGUCCUUAAGGAAAACUCUGUCAUCAGUUCAAAUGCAAACAUGGCUCUAUAUGGGCAGGGACUUUUGAUGCUAUCUGGUCAGGGUGAUGCAAUCAAAGGCCAGAGACUUUCGCUGUCACUAUUUUAUAAUAUUACUGUUGGCCCAGGCUCAUUACUUCAAGCUCCAUUGGACGAUGAUGACAGUAAAAACUCGAUUACCAAAUCCCUUUGUGAGAGUCCAACAUGCCCAAUGGAUCUGAUAAUUCCACCAGAUGAUUGUCAUGUCAAUUACACACUGUCUUUCACCAUGCAAGUUUGCCGUGUUGAGGAUAUUGUGAUAAAUGGAGUUAUCAAAGGAAGUGUUAUUCACAUACACAGAGCAAGGAAUGUAAUUAUAGACACUCAUGGCAUGAUAACUGCAUCAGAAUUAGGAUGCAGAACUGGUGUAGGCAGGGGAAAUUACUCUAAUGGAGCUGGUGCUGGUGCUGGACAUGGAGGGCGAGGGGGAUCUGGAAUUUUCAAUGGGAUUAUGAGUGAAGGUGGCCCCAGAUAUGGAAGUGCUGAUCUUCCUUGUGAGUUGGGAAGUGGAACUGAGGGCCCGAAUCGAUCUAAUGGAUAUGUAUCUGGUGGUGGAAUGAUAGUGAUUGGAUCAAUUCAAUGGCCACUUCUAAGUCUGAAUAACUACGGGGUCAUUCGUGCUGAUGGCCAGAGUUGUCGCAAACCAACUCGCAAUAGUAAUGGUACUCUAAUAGGUGCACUUGGUGGAGGUUCUGGUGGGACUAUCCUGUUGUUUCUUCAAGCUCUUACACUGGCAGAGAAUUCUUCUUUGUCUGUUGAUGGGGGCUUUGGUGGUUCUUUGGGUGGUGGGGGUGGUGGAGGUGGAAGAAUUCAUUUUCAUUGGUCCAACAUAGCUCAGGGGGCUGAAUACGCCCCACUUGCAUUUGUUAAUGGUGACAUCAACUUCAGUGGAGGUGCUGGAGGUGGAGAUGGUCUCCGUGGAGAGAAAGGAACAGUUACUGGCAAAAAGUGCCCCAAAGGCCUCUAUGGUACAUUCUGUACAGAAUGUCCUGUUGGUACAUAUAAAGACGAUGAAGGAUCUGAUCCAAAUCUUUGUAAAUCGUGUUCCCUUGAACGCCUUCCCAUUCGUGCUGAUUUUAUAUAUGUAAGAGGUGGAGUGACUGAUUCAAAUUGCCCUUACAGAUGUUUAUCUGACAAAUACAGGAUGCCAAAAUGCUACACCCCAUUUGAAGAGUUGAUAUACACAUUUGGUGGCCCCUGGCCUUUUUCCUUUAUGCUUUUGUGCAUUGUAGUGCUCCUAGCACUAAUAUUAAGUACUCUCAGAAUAAAAUUGAUGGGCUCAGGAUACUCUUAUGAAAGGGCAAAUUCUAUUGAGCACCAUGAUGCUCAACGUUUUCCUUAUCUCCUUUCCUUAUCUGAGGUUCGUGGUGCCAAAAUCGAUGAAACUCAGAGUCAUGUACAUAGGAUGUAUUUUAUGGGUCCUAAUACCUUCAGAGAACCGUGGCAUCUCCCUUACUCACCACCUGCUGCAAUUUUAGAGAUUGUGUAUGAAGAUGCUUUCAAUAGAUUUAUUGAUGAGAUAAACUCUGUUGCUGCUUAUGAAUGGUGGGAGGGGUCAGUCCAUAGCAUACUUUCAGUCCUUGCAUAUCCUUGCGCCUGGUCAUGGAAGCAAUGGCGUAGGAGAAAAAAAAUUCAUCGUCUUCAGGAAUUUGUCAAGUCUGAAUAUGAUCAUUCAUGUUUGCGUUCUUGCAGAUCUCGUGCUUUAUACAAAGGAAUGAAGGUUGGAGCAACACCUGACUUGAUGGUUUCCUAUAUUGAUUUUUUCCUUGGUGGUGAUGAGAAACGUCUGGACAUGGUAACCAUCAUGAAGAAGAGAUUUCCCAUGAGAAUUAUAUUUGGCGGAGAUGGAAGUUAUAUGGCUCCUUAUAAUCUCUAUAGUGAUGCAUUAUUAACUAAUCUCAUUGCCCAGCAUGUACCUUCAACUGUAUGGAAUCGCUUGGUGGCUGGUUUAAAUGCUCAUUUGAGGACAGUGAGACAUGGAUCCAUCCGGACAUCUUUGGUUCCUGUUAUCAAUUGGCUGACAACUCAUGGAAACCCCCAACUUGAGUUUCAUGGGGCAAAAGUUGAACUCGGAUGGUUCCAGGCCACAUCUAGUGGAUAUUAUCAGUUGGGUAUUUUAGUGGUGACAGGUGACUAUACUCUUCAUGAUCUUCAUCACGCUGAUUAUUUGGACGACAGCGACUCAUCAUCAAGGAACUUUGAUGCAUCACCAAAUAGUGCCAAGCAAGCAGACGAAAGUCAGGGUAACACAAGCCAUUUAUUAACCCGCAAAAAGAUCACCGGGGGCUUCAAUGGUGGUAUUAUCAAUGAAGCUACUUUGAAAUUCCUAAGCUAUAAAAAGGACUUCCUCUUCCCAUUGUCUCUAUUGUUGCUCAAUACUCGCCCUGUUGGCCGACAGGACACCAUUCAGCUUUUGAUUACUAUCAUGCUCUUGGCAGACCUCUUCGUCACUCUGCUUAUGCUAUUUCUGUUCUACUGGAUAUCACUUGGAGCCUUUCUUGCUGUGCUACUUAUACUUCCUCUAUCACUGCUCUGUCCAUUUCCAGCAGGCUUGAAUUCUUUAUUCACCAAUGGACCUCGAAGAGCUUCACUUGCUCGUAUUUAUGCACUGUGGAAUGCUAGCUCCAUCUCUAAUAUAGUUGUGGCGUUUAUCUGUGGCCUACUUCAUUAUGUUAUUACAUCCUUGAAGACCCCAGACAAAGAAACUGUUUGGCAUCCGAGGGAAGAUGACAAGUGGUGGAUUCUUCCUACCAUUCUGCUGUUAUUCAAGGCGGUUCAAGCUAGAUUCGUUGAUUGGAACAUAGCAAAUCUAGAAGUAAAAGACUUUUCUCUAUUCAGUCCUGAUCCCGACACAUUCUGGGCCUAUGAAUCUGUUUCGUGAUAAAAAGGAUUUGCUGGAUUUAAUGGGCAGUGAAACCAAUAUCAGCAAUGUACAUAUAUAUAUAUAUAUAUACAUAUCUGCAGAAGCAUCAGAGGUACAUUUUAUGCAUGCUUUAUCUGUGCAUAGGUUUGAUUUUCACAGUAAAUUUGUAGAGCAUACAAUAGGGAAUGUCAUUGUGUGUUUGAUUAUAUAUUAGUGAGAGAGUGCAUUUUUGGUU